ACCUGCAGCUCGGGUCCGAGUCACAGCAGCACCUUCGCUCCCCCUGAAGAGACUCGCUGAACACCUGAUCAUCACGGACGCAGACAUGGCCUCUCGAGUUGCAGCUUUGAUCUUGCUGGGUCUCCUCUGCGCUGGACUUGCAGCAGCCCAAGUUCCAAAGGACUGCUGCUUAUCAAUCCGCCAGGAAAAGUUGAACCCUAAAAACAUUGUGAGCUACUCCAUCCAGGAGGAAGGGGACGGCUGCCAAAUCAGUGCCUCCGUGUUUGUAAACAAACACGGCAAAAAGCUGUGUGUUGCUCACCCCAAAGAUUUUCCUUGGGCGCAGAAGAUCAUGAACCUUGUGGACAAGAGGAAACCAGCAUCCCAGUGAAAAGGUUAAGGCGGAGUCCACUUCUCACAGCUCGGCUGAGCGUCAAAGCGAGGAUGCUCGACGGUUUCUCUGCUUCCCCACAGCUAGAGGAGCCAGGGGGAACCUUUUAAACAUUUAAGCUAAUCUCUGCAUGUGUGUGUUUCGUUUCUGUGUUCUCUGUCCCGCAAAUGGCUGAAAACCUGUUCCUUCGUGUUCAUGGCGGCCGCGGAGCUGCUCACUGUGAAGACUGAUGCAGAGAGCACGUCCUUGUUGUCAUUCCUUGUUGUAACUGUUGUAAAUGUUAUAAAAUGGUGCUGCUUUUUUACGAAAUAUGUUAGACUGGAAAUGUCAAAUAAACUUUAUAUGGAUUUUGUA